AGCCGCUGCGUUUUCAGCUGAAUCAGCGCAAAAAAGCAACAAGCGAUCGGCCCGUGCCACAUUCGUGGACAGACUGACCCCUCUGAGGCCGCUGCCGGAGAAGAGCCCGUUUCAAUCGGUUCCCGAGACGCACAGACCACAGAGCAUUGUGACCACAGCACAACCAUGUCGUCCGCGGAGGCCACCCUCUGCGCACAGCUCCCACGCGACGCCCAGAAGACGCUCUAUUCGAUCCUGAGCAGGGUUGCUCUGCCAAGCGAGGCCGACGAGAAGUACCGCACCCUCAAGCUCGACAACGCGGCGCUCCAGCAGCGCCUCCUGAGACACGAUGGCGCCUUGGAGUUGCUGGCCUUGUGCCGCUUCGAGCUGCGCGGCCGCACGCUCGUGCUGCCGGCCGACGCCUCAGCGGACGCGAUUCACCGGGCGCUCGACGCCAUCACCGCAGCGGCGGCGCCGGCAGCAAGCGUACCGCCAGCGGCGCCACCAGCCGCGCCAGUGGCGACCGCGUUGACAUCGCCGCCGCCGCCCCGCCGGGAGGGCGCAACGGCUGGCGCGAGCCCAGAGGAAAUACAAGCGCGGGCAGAAAAACGCCGCCGCGCCGCCGAGGCGGACGCGGCGGCUCGAGCGCUCGAGCGGCGCCGCUGGGCUGCGGAUUCUGCCGCGCGGCGCGACCGCCAAGCUCCCGCCGCGACUCCCACGCGAGCCGCCCCCACGCCACCGCCACCGCCGACAAGCGACCAGCGGCGCUUCCGCGUCCGCCUCCCUGCGGCCGCCGGCGCGCCGGCCCGAGCCGUCGCCGUCGCCGUGGCACAUGACGCGACGCUCGACGCGCUGCGAGAGGCGAUCGCGGCGGCGGGCGUGGAGGGCGCCUUCGCGCUCGUGCGGUCGCUGCCGCACCGCGUCUUCGAUGCGGAGCUCCCUGGCGCGCAGUCGCUCGCGACACUAGGGCUGGACGACGGCCUUACAUUGGUAGCCAUGCCGGCGGACGCGCGCGGCCGCGUCGUCCGCGGAUCCGUCCUCGCGGCGCUGGGCAGCGCGCAAGGGGACGCUGCUGAUGUGGAUGACAUGGACUACGAGGAACUCCUUGAACUCCAAGAGCGCAUCGGCACGGCGACUGAUGAGCGGGCGGCGGCGGCGGCGGCGCUCGAGAGUACGACGACCUUCGAGGUCUCCGAGGCCGACGUGGAGGCGCGGCGGGCGGCGGGCGGCGACGCGGCGCGCUGUGUGGUGUGCAUGGAGGACAUCGCCGUCGGAGAUGUUCUAAGGCGCAUGGCCAAGUGCCCGCACGCGUGCCACGCGCCGUGCUUGGAGCGGUGGCUGGCGACGAACCCGAAGUGUCCCGUCUGCGGCACGGUCUGA